UAAAAACUUCAACACCGGCUCUUGUCGCGUGAACAUUUGAGGUCAAGUCCACACCGUGCGUCCACAAAAUAUCAUCACUAGAAACAUCCCUUUAAGACCGGCGUUUAGAAAGCAGACAAAGUCUGAACCCAACAAGCAAGAAUCCGCGAAAGAGAUAGACCUAGAAAAGCGCAACAAUACCUCGAACAUGAACGGACAAAUGAACGGUUUUCAUAACUCCCUGAUUGAUGAAGACUGCUUUUUGUUCACGUCAGAGUCUGUCGGUGAAGGACAUCCUGAUAAAAUUUGUGACCAGAUCAGUGAUGCCGUGUUGGACGCCCACCUCAAACAGGACCCUGAUGCCAAAGUAGCAUGUGAGACUGUUGCUAAGACUGGAAUGAUCUUGUUGGCCGGUGAGAUCACCUCUCAUGCUUCAGUGGACUAUCAGAAGGUUGUCAGGGAUACCAUCAAGCACAUUGGCUACGAUGACUCUUCAAAAGGGUUUGACUACAAGACCUGCAAUGUGCUUGUGGCUCUUGAGCAGCAGUCACCUGAUAUUGCUCAGGGAGUUCACCUUGACCGCAAUGAGGAAGACGUAGGAGCUGGGGACCAGGGCCUGAUGUUUGGUUAUGCCACUAAUGAGACUGAGGAAUGUAUGCCACUCACCAUUGUUCUGGCACACAAGCUGAAUGCCAAAAUGGCUGAGCUACGCCGCAACGGCACCUUGCCUUGGCUGCGACCUGACUCCAAGACCCAGGUGACUGUCCAGUACAGGCAGGAUCGUGGUGCCAUGCUCCCAGUACGUGUGCACACCAUCGUAGUGUCCGUGCAGCAUGAUGAAGAAGUGUGUCUGGAUGAAAUGCGGGAUGCUCUGAAGGAGAAGAUUGUGAAAGCUGUGGUUCCCAGCGUCUAUCUGGAUGAUGACACCAUUUAUCACCUACAGCCCAGUGGACGCUUCGUCAUCGGAGGCCCACAGGGAGAUGCUGGUUUGACUGGUCGUAAGAUAAUUGUUGACACUUAUGGAGGCUGGGGUGCUCAUGGAGGUGGAGCUUUCUCUGGAAAGGAUUACACUAAAGUUGACCGCUCUGCUGCAUAUGCUGCCCGCUGGGUUGCCAAGUCUCUGGUCAAGGCUGGUCUGUGCAAGCGUGUGCUGGUCCAGGUGUCUUAUGCCAUUGGUGUGGCCCACCCUCUGUCCAUCUCCAUCUUCCACUAUGGAACCUCCCAGCAGAGCGAGAAGGAGCUGCUAGAGAUUGUAAAGAAGAACUUUGACCUCCGUCCUGGCGUGAUUGUCAGAGAGCUGGACCUGAAGAAGCCCAUCUACCAGCGCACCGCCGCCUAUGGCCACUUCGGCCGUGAGUCCUUCCCCUGGGAAGUUCCUAAAAAGCUUAAGUACUAAAUCUGUACACCCCCCCCCUCCUUUCAUUGGGCAGUAGGUGUACAUUACAGAGAAACCUACUCAACCUGUGGAGGGGGGAGAUGAACCAAAACCCCUCAAUCCUAUCCUCAAACCAAUUCCCAAAGCUAAAUUAAAUGUCCUUUCCCCCUUCAACAACGCUUUCCCCAUACAACUGAAACCUGUUCUUCUGCUGUUUUAAGUUUUUUUUUAGAUCUGUGGAUGACUCAUGGAUUUUGUUUUACUUUUUUAUUUUAUAAUGCCCUCUUCACCCACUUCUCUUCAUCCCUUCCUUCUUUACCUACUUGCUUGAAAGUUCAAGUGAUGGCACAAAUGGGGGUCAAGGUUGGAUUGUAAUGCUAUGCAUUGCUAGCUGAAGCACUGAACCCUCCGUUUUUGUUUUGCCAACUUAAAUAACCAAUGUUUAAAGUGGGAGUGCACCUAAAAAUUCUAAUUAUGUAGAAAUUUACUUGCCCUCUUGUUUUUCCAUACCUGUAUUCCGUGAAACACAAAAUGUGAUGUUAAGCGGAAUUUAGUCUUGAUCACCAAUCAUUUUCAUUGUGCAAAAAAAAGGACUCCAUGAAAGUGAAUGAUGACUGAGGCUAAUAUUCAGCCUAACAUUUUCAUGUGUUUUCCACAGAAGAAUUGAAGUCACAUGAGUUUGGAAAAACAUGUGGGUGAGUAAAUUACCAUUUUCAUUUUUGGGUGAACUGUUUCUUUAACAUUUUCCAGGUUGACCACUUAACAUAUACCAUCAAAACCUCUCGUUAAAUGUAGGCUGAAUGUUCAAAAACCUGUCUUCAGUUGGAUUUAACACAUACAUUUAAGUUACAUAGUGCAGGGUUUGGAUGAGAAUUUUUAAAAGUUUUACAUUAAAAUGUGUACGGUUAUGGUGGUUACGUCCUAGUCACUGCAGGCCAUAUUUGUUUUUCUGACGUGUUACAGAGAAGUCAGAAGCUGCUACCAACCUUUGUGGUUCUGUAGGACUUGUGACAACCAUUCCCCAAAUCCCCCCCCUCCCAAACUACUCCAUUCUGAAUGGUGAUUCUAUAUAAAACAUCCUUGGAGCUGUUUGUGAUGUUCUACUAGACCACGGUGGAGGCAAAGCACUCCCCCUCUGUGUGCAGCGACAGCGGGUGUAGCUACAGAGAAGCCCUGCUCCCUCACUGCCUCAAAGGGGCUGCCUCCACCUUGACUUCCUCCAUACUUGAAAAACUAAACCUAAUAUUUGCUUGGUGGUCGUCUUGAGCCUUGGCGUCAUUACAGAAAAGCCCGGGAACCUCAAGGUCAAUGCCUACGUUUUGUAUAUGAAAGGAAUCGUUUUUAAAAAUUAGUAUUUUUUUUUAUUUGUUUCAACACCAUUGUCGUGGUGUAUUUCCCACCUGCCCUCCUGUGGCGUCCCUAGGUGUCCUACAGAAAGCUUUGGGCUCUCGACACAGAGUGGCACUGGUACUGUGACAGUUGUUACUUUUUUUUUUUUUUAUCAGAGUGAAGGCAGAUAGAUGAGACAGACCAUAUGCACUCGUGCACAAUGUUUUAUUUUUGGGACUCCCGAGAUUUCCCACGGACAGAAGCAAGUCUGGCCGGUGUUGUACAGAGAAACCGGCUUUGUUUACAUGCUCUCUCUGUUGGGUCCGUGCGGCUUGCAGACUUUUUUUAUUGAUCAUCUUCUGUUUUUACUUCAUAUGAAUUUUGUUUUAAAUUCCAGAGAUUGGUGCAUCAGACAGGUUACUGAAAGAGUAGAAGUGCCUUUUUUUUUUUUUUUUUAUAUAUAUUGUUUUCUUUUCCCUCUUCUUACACCCCCCGCCCCCCCUUCACCUGCUUUCCUAUACCCUUACCUCUCGUGAUGUGUGUGAAUCCACAGCGAAUUCCUGAAUACUCUUCCUUACAUGCUCCAUGAUGUUCUGUCCCUUGUCAGUAAACUGAAUAAAAAAUCUGGCCUUGUGUUGUGAUGUUUUAUGGGAUCUCACAUUUGUCAUAUCAAUUUUGUUUUAACAUUGAUGCAUGAACAUUGAGAGAUGGUGGCCAUUGGCAAUACCAAGUACUAUAAAGGCCAAGAUCACACACAUUACUUUCAAAACCACAAAAGUAGACCAAAGUGCUGUACAGAGAUAAAAUGAACAUUGCAUUUAAAAAAUCUGACUAAAAACAAUUGUCACAAUAAGCCAGUUUUAAAAUACUAAUUCAAAAGCCAGUGAGAAUAAAUUGGUCUUAAGGCUGCCCUUAAAUGCAUCAAGGAUUUAAUAAC